AUGUUCGACAGCCCGAGGACCAACACACAGGCUACAGUUAGCAUCGAGGCUUUCAUGCAUCCCCGCUCAUUGCUGGGUCUGUCCAUCUUUCUGAACGAAGUAAUCGCUGAUUUUCUUGUUCUCGGUCUGGUUGAUGGGAAGUUCCCGAAGAAAGGCAGCGCCCCUGAAGAUAAAGUGCAUUCUUCGGCGAUCUCAGCGAUUUGGCCUCCGACGUUUCAGAUGGUUGGCGACAGCGAUGAAGCCUGGGAUGCGUCGCAAUUGACUUCGCUCCAUGAUAAAUUGAGAAAGCACAACAUCCCCUCUGGGGUGCUCGUGGUGCCUGAGAAGUCUCAUGCAUUCGAGAAUAUGUCCAAGAUCGGCGAUCAGUUGCAUUUGAGGUAUAUUCAGCCGGCUUGUGAGUUUGUGGCGAGAUAUGCCGUGAAGGACAGCGAGGGGAGGUGA